AGCCCGGUGAUAAGGAUGUGGCCAGGAUUUGAUAGAUGUAGUUCGCGUGGAGCCGAUAACCCAAAUCAAAAUACCAUCAGCACCAGUCAACAGGACACCCUUCCAGUUGAAGUUGAGCAUAUUUCAACGAUAGCUGGUUCGUUUGUUUCCAUCGGAACACUUUCACAGUGCGGAAAUGAUGGAGUAUACGACACAGACCACACAGAUCUCAAUUCGGAAUUUGAUGAAGCUGAAUUACGAAGGGAACUCUUACGAGAUAAAUGGAAACUUCUUUUCGAUAUGUUCGAUCCAGAGGGUUUUGGUGAAAUUCCUGUUGAUGAUUUCGUAACAGCACUAAAAUCACCCGAAUUUUUAUCACAAGUGCCUAUGAAUAAACGUGAGCUUUUAUACGAGAGAGCGAUGAAAGUUAAAGUACCUAAUGGACCUGGUUACGUAACUUUUCAGGAUUUUGUAAAUGUGAUGAGUGGUAAACGCAGUCGUAGCUUUAAAUGUGCUGUCCAUCAACGUGAUCGUGAAAUUUGUUCAGAAAAUGAUUUUCAUCUAAUACUCGAGGAACCACCAUUUUUCAAAAAAAUGGUCCAUGUCAUUGCUAUGGAAGUACUACCGGACGAACGUGAUCGAAAGUUCUAUGCCGAUAAGUAUUCCUGCUGUCCACCACCUCUGUUUAUAGUUCUAAUGACAUUUAUUGAGUUGGGCUUUUUUGCCUACCACACAUUGACGUCCGGACCAGCGGAACCUGCCGGUCCAAUACCCAUCGAUUCGAUGUUCAUUUACAGUCCAGAUAAACGCCACGAAAUAUGGCGCUUUAUAUUCUACAUGGUUUUACACGCGGGCUGGUUCCACCUUGGCUUCAAUCUGUGCAUCCAGCUAAUUUUCGGUUUACCUUUGGAAAUGGUCCAUGGAUCCGGCCGCAUAGCCUGCAUAUACUUCGCCGGUGUUUUAGCCGGGUCAUUAGGAACCAGUAUCUUUGACCCCGAAGUGUAUCUGGUUGGGGCUAGCGGUGGCGUCUACGCAUUGUUGGCCGCCCAUCUUGCCAACGUUAUGUUGAACUACCACAGCAUGCAGUAUGGCAUCCUUCGUUUGGCAGCGAUUUUUAUCUUUGCGUCCUGUGAUGUUGGCUUCGCCAUUUAUGCUCGAUAUGCUGUGGAAUCAUCGUUCAGUCCAUCAGUGUCUUAUGUUGCCCAUUUAACUGGAGCUCUUGCUGGCUUGACUAUCGGUUUUUUGGUGUUGAAAAAUUUCGAACAAAAGCUACACGAACAGCUGCUAUGGUGGAUAGCUUUGGGGGCGUAUGCGGCGUGUACAAUAUUUGCGGUAAUUUUUAACAUCAUGAACACGGUGGCUAUGCAGCGGUUGAAAGUCGAACAGAUUCUACCCAGGGAGCCACUUUAUUAUGAGUUUGGCAUAUGAGGGUUCAUGAUGUUGUCGUCGUUAAAAUAUUAUAUCGAGAGGAUAUCCUUAUAUCCUGAAUUUAUAUGUCCUUUUGUUCUAUUUAAUUUAUAUGAAAAAGACAAUUUUCUUUUAUCGUUUAGUUAUGUUUUUUUUUUCACUGCAAUAUUUUUUUGUUGUUUAUUUAUAUAUUUUUGUAAAUUUAUUUGUUAUUUAUAAACAAAAACAUAAAUAAUAGUCUUUAAGCUACCUCACAAUGUAUACAUAUUUUCCACAGUUCUAGUGGAAUUCUUGUAAAUAUCUUAACCGUCCUUAAUCACAGCUGGAAAUGUAUAUUUUGAGACAAUAUUUAUUAAUUAUUGUGUCACUAUUUUGUUAAUAUAAUUAAAAAGUCCUUAAACUUAAGUUUUUGAUAUAAAGUUUUUGAAUUCAAACUUUUUUGUUAAUAUUUUUAUGAGUGUUUCUUUUUUGAAAAUGAAUUUUGUCUUAUGUUGAGUUUCAAAAUAUACCAUAUUCCGCAAGUGCUAUCAGUCCACAUACUCUCUAAUUAAAUACUUAAUAUAUUUUGUAUAUAAUUUAUAGAAAUACUACUCAAUACUCGCUUUUUAUUUAAGUAUAAAUACUGUAUAUUAAUUUUGUUGAAUUUAAUUUUUCAAAUAAAUGUUUUUGUUUUCUUCUCAAAGACUGAUUCGUAUUUUUUUCAAUUUUAUUUAUCAAAUGUGCAAUAAGAAUUCUUCAUGUAAAUAAAUACUAUUUUAUUUAUAGAACUAUUAUCUACUGGUUUUUGUUUUUUUUAUAAAUUUAUUAAAGUCAAUAAUAUCUCUUGAAUGAACGUCAAAGUACAAACAAAAUUUUAUUGAAUUAUUAAUAAUGAAAAAUAAAUAAAUGUUAAUAUUAAAAAUCGAAGUGCUAAUUAAAGUCAUAUGUAAGUUAAUUUCAACAACAAUAAUAAUAAAUAAAUUGCUGAUAGUCUUAAAAUAAAUACAAUAAAAAUUUAUAUGAAUUUAACUAAAAUAAAAUAAUAAUUUUAUCACUGCCAGGAAUCUUACAACAUUUAGCACGGUUUAUAUAAAAUUUAUAAAUUUGUAAAAACAUGAGAAAAUAAGUAUUUUUACUUAUGUAAUAUAUUGUUACAGAAUAAAAAGAAAAACAUUUUCCACCA